AUGAUCGCAAGAACCCAUUACUAUAUUCCCCAUUCAUUUUGGAACCUUUCCCCCUAUUCGACUCCCAAGUCAUCGCCAAACUCAUCUGUGGUGUUCGGUUUUGAAGGACAGGAGAUGGACUCGAGGCCACUGAGCCUGUCCAUUCCGUCGUCCGGGGCCUUUUCACCCGUUCGUCCAACCUUGGACGAAGUUCUUUCUAAUACCGCUCCCUACCCUUACACACUGAGUGCCUUUAUGGCCUAUCUCUCCCAGAACCACUGUUUAGAAACGCUGGAAUUCACCUUGGAAGCAAAACGGUAUCGCGAGACCUACCUAUCGGUUUCACGCCUUCUUGAUCAGUCCAUCAUCGUUUCCGACACCCCCCAAACACAGCAUUUGCUAGUGCUUUGGGAGCGCCUCCUAUCUGCCUACAUCCUGCCCGGUGCUCCACGAGAGAUCAACCUGUCAUCCGAAGUACGUGAUGGUUUGCUCGCCGAUGCCCAUGCUUUGAGACCGCCACUUCCGGAGACGUUGGAUCCAGCUAUACGAAGGAUGCAUGAUCUGAUGGAGGAGUCAAUAUUCAUCCACUUUGUCAACAGCCAAAGCCCAGCCACGCAUAUGCCUACCACGAUAGACUCGCCAUACACAGAUGACCACCCACGAGUGGGAUCACGUGGAAGGAGGGUUUCGCCGCAAGCCUCGAGAGACGACUUUGCGUCCCAUCGCAUGUCUGGCUCUGCUAGGAUUGCAGCUUUUGUCAAGACAAGCAGUCACUUGUCUAACCUCGACACCAGUUCUCCGGUCUUGACGGAUGACUCGGGUAGCCCGGUGUCCAGCCCUGUGAUUGGAGAACCAAUGACACCGCCAACAACACCACCAUCCAGUGAUCACGGUCUCAGUCCCAAGAGUCGCACUGACAACACGUGGAAAAAGAUGGGAAUGAAGCUUGGCUUCAACAAGAAGAAGCACGGUGGCCCAUCUAGUCGCGAUGGGAGAUGGGACGAUUGA